CUGAACUUUGCCCUGGUUGGAGCCUGGUAUGGCGACAGCUCAAAGUUUCCGGCAGUCAUUCAACCUUUUUUGGAUACAAUGCCAGCGCCGAGCCAGAGGAGCGUAAAGAAGAGCGACUGGCUCACCAGCUUGCAAGGUUUGGCUGACUCGCAAGCGCUUUCAACUUCGGGCGUGGACUUAUCAGCGGAGCAUGAUACCUUCUAUGCUAAGUCUUUGACAACUCCACAGUCAACGCCAAUGUCUAAUUCUUCUAUCAAAGCUUUCUCAAAGUAUCUCUCAUCGGAAGGAUGGAAAACAGAUACGAAUUGGUUUGUCCAGUUCGAGCUUUAUGGUGGUCAGAAUUCAGCUAUCUCUGCUGUAGCAAAGGAUGCGACGGCAUUUGCUCAACGUUCCAUCUUGUGGACUAUUCAAUUUUACACCUCAUCUAGCAACUAUGCGCCACCUUUCCCCAGUGCAGGGUUGACAUUCCUAGAUCAAAUGGUUUCGAGCAUUGUAAACAACAAUCCUUCUGGAUGGGGUUACGGUGCCUAUGCCAAUUACGUCGACGAUCGCUUGACUUCCACUCAGUGGAAGAAUCUCUACUACAACACACAUUAUCAACGAUUGACGCAAAUCAAGUCUGCCUACGACCCUCAAAACGUCUUUGCAUAUCCUCAAAGUAUAACUGAGGCAAGCUCAACACGAAGAAACAAACGUUGGGUUUAAGAUGAAGAGAUAAAUUUCUCUCAUGUAACAUAAAAAUUUCAUAGCAUUUAAGACGUGUUCGGUCUUAAGCAUGGACUGGUGUACAAUUUUCAGAAAGCACAAUAUCUGAUAAUGAUAAUGAUCAGACUUCAUCUAAAGAAUGGAAUGAUAUAUUAUCGAAAGGAACCACAAUAUAAAGGAUCGCAGAUUAUGAGAAACAAAGUUAAUGUGGCCAAUUUGAUCAGAGAACUAAAUAUACAGGAUUUCUUCUGCUGAGUGCGAUCAACAUCUAAACAUAUCAUAUUUUCUGUCAGAUCUUUGAUCAUUUCCAUGCUUCACAUCUCUAAAGAUUUCCUGCUCACAAAGAAUUACAGGCCUCUUUGUUCUUUUGAUUUUUCUUUACCUGUGGCGACCUACUCGAUCUGUCUGCUUUGAACCAUGUGAUCGUCUCGUCGUAUAACCCAGGAGUAAAGGUGAAGCAGGGAUUACAUACGUAUCAUACAUACUGACAGAGUUUCGAAGAACUUCAAUAUCAGUCUUUUGUUGGUUAAUUUGGGCCAUUAACAGCCGAUAUCACGGUAAAUCUCUCUCGAAACCCAGAAAGCGUCCAGCCUACAUAGUCACCAGAGCUAGAGAGCUCAGAUUCUGAUAGGGUCAGAUGGUCAAACUUUACUCAUCAUAUGUACAGCAGCCCCGCUCACCUUCACGAUGAAGCCAAGACCAUCUCCUUUGGCAGCCAAUGAUCACCGCAAGGUCGCGGUGAUGUGUAAAGUAUAAAAAGUAUAAACUGCCCAAACGACCUACCCUGUUAGCUGGAGAGAUGGUGCAAAUCAGGCAUAUAAGGCCGUCGCCUUCUCACUUCUUGUGAGAAAUCAUUGUUGUAAUCCCACCUCCUGAACUUACAACUUCCAAGACUCGACUUGUGGGAUUCAACACUUCAAGAUUAUGCUUCGCUCUUUGUUUACCGU